AUGGGAAAAAGGCAAAAAAUUAGAACGGGUGCUGGUGAUCUUGUCACAACUCCUGGACCUCUUCAUAAACAAAUUGAAAGGUCAAAACUAGCCAAGCCGAAAUUCAAGCCUUUAAAACGUUCAAGAGAAGAACAAAAAGAUGAAAUUGAACUUGUCGAUCCAUCUUUAAAAGGCAAAAUUAUUAUUAAAGCAAACAAAAAAUUGGAAAAAGAUGUUGUGUUCAAUGAGGAUGGAGAAUCUGAUAAUUCUGAAGAAAUUGAGGAAGAAGAAGACGAUAAUGAUGAAAAAUUGGAUGUUGAUCAAUUAGUCUCAAAGCAUUUGGAAGAUUUAGAUGAAUUAAAAUUGGAUGAUGGUGUUGAAAAUGCUAGGAAGAAAAAACGAAAUUUUGAUAAAAAUAACAAAGAAAGUGCUAUAAAUAAGGCUGAGUUUGCCGAUAUCGACCCAAAAAUUGUUGAUCUUUUUAUAGAAAUUGGUCAAGUUUUAAAGAAAUACAGAAGUGGACGUAUUCCCAAAGCUUUUAAAAUUAUUCCAACUUUGGUUGAUUGGGAGAAAAUUAUUGAAUUAACUCGCCCAGAUGAUUGGUCGGCAGCUGCAAUGUUUUAUAAUCUAAUUUUAUUGCCACGUAUUCGAGAUGAUAUUGACGGAUUGAAGAAAUUACAUUUCCAUAUGUACCAGUGCUUAUUUAAAGCAUUGUUCAAACCAGCUGCAUUUUUUAAAGGAAUCCUUUUGCCGCUUUGCAAAUCGAAUAAUUUUUCUCUUCGAGAAGCUGUUGUCCUCGCUUCGAUGCUUCGAAAAGCCUCCAUCCCUCAAUUACACGCAGCCGCAGCAUUGUUGAGUAUUUCUUCUUUGGAAUAUACUUCUUCAAGGGCUUAUAUUCUUCAAGCAUUGAUAGAAAAGAAUUAUGCACUGCCUUUACGAGUUUUGGAGGGAAUUGUUUCUCAUUUUCUUAGAAUGAAAAAUAAUAAAGAAAUAAAUUUAACAGUCAGUUGGCAUUCUUGUCUUAUUUCUUUUGUUCAACAUUAUUCUAAUACUUUAAAUAAUGAACAAAGAAAUGAACUUAUUGGACUUGUAAAGAUUCAUUCUCAUCACAAAAUUACUCCAGAAAUAUUAAAAAUAUUGCGAAAUAAUGAAUCAGAAAGUGGAGAAAAGAAAAUUGUUCCUGACUUUGGAGAAGAUGAAUUGGAAGAUGAAAUGGAUAUUUAA